AUGCAGGGCUUCCUCAAAGAUGCAGAUGCAAGACAAGGACGAGAUGAAACAGUCCGUAUUUGGGUUGCCAAGAUUAGAGAUGCUGCUUAUGAUUUGGAGGAUGUCAUCCAAACUUAUGGCUUGAAAGUGGUUUCCAAGAAGAAAAGAGGCCUCAAGAAUGUUCUCAAAAGAUUUGCCUGCGUCUUCAAGGAAGGGGUUGAUGUUCAGAGGAUUGGGAACCAAAUUGAGAAUAUCACCACCAGAAUUUCUGAUUUGAGGUCAAGUUUGCAGAGUUAUAACAUAAGGGAAAUGAGGGAAAAGGACAGCAGUGGUGGUGAAUCUUCCUUGCAAUUGCAUGAGAGGCUAAGGAGAAGUUAUUCUCAUGUUGUUGAACGUGAUGUUGUUGGGUUAGAGUCCAACGUUGAAGAAUUGGUUAUGCAUUUAGUGAAAGAUGAAAAUCGUCAUCGAGUUGUAUCUAUUUGGGGGAUGGGCGGUUUAGGGAAGACCACCCUUGCAAGACAACUUUAUCAUCACAAAGAAGUAAGGCAGCAUUUUCAUGGUUUUGCUUGGGUCUGUGUAUCUCAACGUUAUCAAGUAAGAAAUGUUUGGGAGGGAAUUUUAUUUGAAGUCAUUUCUGCUACCAAGGAACAAAAACAAGAAAUGAAGGACAUGACAGAUGAUGAAAUAGCAAAGAAGCUUUUCCGUGUUUUGCAAAAAAUGAAAUGUUUGGUGAUCCUUGAUGACAUAUGGAGAAUCGAGACAUGGAAUCUUUUGAAGGCUGCAUUUCCAGAAGUGGAAACAGAGAGCACAAUAUUGCUUACUACACGCAAUCAAAAAGUAGCCACGCUCCCAAAUAGAAAUGCUUUUCUCCACAAACUCCAGCCACUCAAUGAGAAUGAGAGUUGGAACCUACUUGAGAAGAAAGCAAUAUCUGAAAGGGCUGAUAUCGAUUUGGGAAUUUUCACAAAGAAGAGAGAAUUAGGAAUGAAGAUGCUUCGAUACUGUGCAGGCUUGCCAUUAGCCAUUAUUGUGCUUGCCGGAGUUCUAGCAAGAAAAAACACCGUUAGAGAGUGGGAGAGAGUGCAUGAGAAUGUCCAUGAAUACAUAAGGAGAGGGAUAGGUCAUGAAGAAGAAUAUGAAGGUAAUUAUCCUGAAGACUCUGAGUUUUUGGUAAGCGAAUUGACUAAGUUAUGGGUGGCAAAAGGUCUUAUCUCCUUGAGACAACAAAGACAUGGUUCGAGGGAAACAAUGGAGGAUAUAGCACGUGAUUGUUUAAGUGAGUUGGUGGAAAGGUGUUUGGUUCAAGCAAAAGAGGAAAGCUUUCUCCAUAUUAACAAUUCUUUACAAGAAAAUGAGGCAGCUAAUCUAUUAACUUCUUCUUCUAUGGCAGCCAAGGCAGCACAAUUGGGGAAAAUUCGAAGACUUGCAAUUUACUUGGAUGAGAAUGCAGAUAUGUUGGUUUCUUCAAGAGAUGAAACAAAUGGGCACGUAAGGUCUCUAUUAUUCUUUGGCCUAAGAGAAUGGAGGCCAAAAAGAGAAAAAGGAUUACUAUCUCCGUUGAAGGAUUUCAAAGUGCUUAGAGUUUUGAAGGUUGAAGGUCUUAACAAAGUAGAAGUACAGUUGCCAAGUGAAAUUGGAAAUAUGGUACACUUAAGUUACACCAUAGUCAUCCCAAAUGUGAUAAUGAAGAUGAAACAAUUAAGACAUUUAUAUUUACCCUGGAAUUACAGAGCAAAGGGUAAGCUAGAGUUGUCUACUCUUGGCCAUCUACAGACCUUAUAUAACCUUUCAAGUGAGUAUUGUGAUUUGAAAGAUGUUGGUAGAUUAACAAAUCUUAGGAAACUGAGAAAAAGAGUGUCAAGCUCUUUGCAAAAUAUGGAGGAAAUCUUAAAAUCUAUCGGUAGCACGCUUAACCGUAUCCGGUCUCUAAUUAUGGAGAACAAAAUGAAUAGCGGGCCAAUAGCAGAAUUAGCAAAAGGGCUCCACAACUAUUCAAACCUCACCAAGUUACAAUUGAGUAAGUGUGGUCUCAAGGAGGACCAAAUGGGAAUGCUAGAGAAGCUACCAAACCUAACAAUUUUGAAGCUUAUAGGAGAUUCUUUCGAGGGGAAUACAAAGAUACUGGUUUUCUCCAAAGGAGGAUUUCCUUCUCUUGAAUUUCUUUAUGUUUCUAGAAGGCACCAAAUAACAGAGCUGAGAGUAGAGGAAGGAGCCAUGCCUCGUCUCUGUCAAUUGGAAAUUCAAUAUUGCUGGGGAUUGACGACACUUCCAGAUGGGCUGAGACAUCUUACUAAUCUCAGGGAAUUAACCAUCAAAUGGAUGUCUAGAGAACUCCACCGUCGGAUUAAGGAAGAUGGAGAGGAUUUCUAUAAAAUUCAACAUGUACCUUCCCUUGUAAUUGGAGAACCAUCCCCCUACACCUAA